AUGCGUGUUUUAAAGUGGACUCCCCAAUUCAAUACAGAACAUGAAUCAUCCAUAGUUCCGGUAUGGAUUGCUUUUGAAGGUUUGCCACUUCAUCGAUUCAAUGCGGAAUACCUGAGUAAAUUGGCAAGCAUUGUUGGUACACCGCUCAAAAUAGAUGUGCCGACCCUGAAUUUAUCGCGUCCGUCGAUUGCUCGAGUUUGCGUCGAGGUUAAUUUACUCCAUCAAUUGCCGCAACGAGUACUGCUGGGGAUAGAGGAGUACUCUUAUUAUCAAGAUAUCACUUACGAAAAUUUACUGGAAUAUUGCUCGGAAUGCAAAAAAGUGGGACAUGGAAUCAAGGAUUGCCGUCGCGGGAAGCCCAAGGUUCAACUGAUUCCGGCACCGAAAGCUCCUAUGAAGGUGCCAGAAAAGAUGAAAGCGCAGCAUUCAGUACCUCAAACCAACUGGAAACCGAAGACCCAAGCUAAUGAUAAAAGGGAUACUCAGGUUAAAUCGUCCUCUGAUGCGUCUUCAUCAGGAUUGUCAAUGAAGGAGAAAGGAGACAAGGUUGAUGCAUGGGAUGAUCAGGAACAGCAACAUAAAAUUGAUCCGGCGAACAACAUUUGUAAACAACUUCCACAGGUGGACUUGUCAUCACGCUUUGACGUUUUGGAUGAUUUGAAGGAGGAUAAUGGUGAAGAUGAUGGACAUAUGGGAAGGUUCAAUUCUAAGGAUAAUAUGGAUGAUGAGCGUGCUAAAGAGACGGUAACAUCGGUGGCAGAAUCUGACUCGGAUUUGGAUGAGAUUGCGGAGGAAAUACGAAUAAAGGAUGAUUCGGUUCUUGUAUCUAAUUCCAGUAUGGAAACAUGCGAGCUUGCUCACCUUGUGGUUUCUGAUGAUGAGGGGUGGCAAACCUAG